AUGACGUGUUUUUUUCUGAUUUUUUUUCUGCACUAUUCCGUUUUUUUUUCGGUGAGUUUUAUCCUUACAUCUUUUGUUAGAAAGUGUUUCGACAAAUAUCUUUUUUGGGAAGGGGAUUUGUUUUUUUACAGGCUUUUUACAUCCGGGAGUGAUGGAAAAUCCCAAUUCACGUCCAGCAUUGGCGGCAGUUGUCUUGGGAAACAAGACAAAGAACUGAAGGCUGGUGAAUACAAGUAUUCAGGGCCUAUCCCAGGCGCCACAGGAAAGGACAAUAUUCCAGGGAUAUACAGCUCAAACCAUGAGCUCAGUUACUUUGAGGAACGCUACCCAAGAAAUGAAAAACAACUUCCCAGUAAACAAGUAUUGGGGGCUAAUGAAUCUCGGGAUCGUUCUUUAAUCUUAGUCUACCUGAAUAUGAUACCUCACUAG